AUGCAACAUGCUAUUAUUGUGCAACCAUUCUUUUUACAAUUACAGGCUCUUGAGGUCAAGACCAGCAACUCCAUGGAGUUGUAUGGCUGUGUCAAGGGCAUAGAUUUCCUCAAGCGGCAAGGCAUCACCAUUGAAGACUUGGUGACCGACCGACACGUCGCCAUCAAGGGCCACAUGAAGACGAAGGAGCCCGAGAUCCAUCACUACUUCGAUGCUUGGCACAUAGCAAAAGGCGUAAGCAAAAAGAUGCUGGCGGCGAGCAAGUAUGCAGGGUGUGGUGCCUUGGUGCAAUGGGCACAGCCUGCCUCCAACCAUGUCUACUGGUGUGCGGCCAACAGCGAAGGAGAUGGCAAACUCCUCGUCGACAUGUGGAAGAGCUUCAACAAUCAUGCCUCGGAUGUGCAUACUGGCCACGGAGGGAUCUACAACCGCUGCGUCCAUGACUCUCUCAUUGGAGAGAGGGAGUGGCUCUCUCCAGGUACCCCAGCAUAUAAGCGUUUUGCAUCAAUCACGACACAACGAUUGCUGCUCAGGGACCUCGAGCACGUCUCACCCGCGGGCCAGACCUACAACCUCGAGUCUUAUCACAGUACUCUGACAAGAUUAGCCCCCAAGUCUUUUGCAUUCAAGCCCGGCAUGAUGCUUGCCAGAUUGAUUGUGCGAGUAAAGCUCAAGUUUCGGACUACCGCUAAAUGUCAGAAAUCAACAGUAACAUGUCGGAAAACGCAGCUGCAGCACGGCGCUUUCGCCGUCAGCUAA